AUGGCCCAAAAUCACAAAGAAUUAAAAGGCUGGAAGAUCAUUGUUAAAGAUGAGUUUGGACAAGUAGUUACGGACACUAAUAAAAGAGCAAGUAGAAGAAGUGGUAAAGUAAAUGUUCAAUUGCAAAGAGAGUCAGAUGGUCUAAUAUUUAGCCGCGGUAGUAAUAUCCUGGUGAAUGAAGAGAGCUCUAAAGAAAAUAACGACGCCGAUAACGACAAUACAGAGACAGAUUUGAACGAUCCUUCGAGGUAUUCAGUUUACUUGGUGGGUGACAUCAGAUUAAAUACUACUUCACAUAUCGUAGAAGUUUGGGCUUAUUCCUAUCUAAGGCAUUUUGAAUUAGAUCCAAUUGCAUAUUAUAAACAAUUACAUCCAGAAUUAACUGAUCUAAAUGAUGGAACUUUAUUGAAAAAAUUUGAGGAGGAAACUGACCCAAAUGAAAUUUAUUUAACUGUAGAAUAUUAUGAAUUACCAUUGUACAAAAUUGUCGACAUUGCUACCGUGAUAAAUGGAGGAGAAAGUUGGAGCAAAUUGAAAUCUACUCCUAAUUUUGACGAAAAUAAGAAUUUUUUUGUAAACUAUUCUUGUAAUCCUGAUUCUAGUUGCAUUAAAAGAAUCAAUUACAACAAUAUUCAGAAUUUUGCGAAGGGAUUAACUGCAAAAGAAUUCGAACAAUAUUUAAAAAAUUUGUCAUCUCCAAAAAAUAAAAAAUCUAAUCAAGAGACUAAUUCUUCAAACCAAAUUAAAAGACACUUAGAUGUAAAUGAAAAUUUAAACAAAAUAAGCAAAUUAAGUAUUAAAGAACCAAAGAUUAAGAAAAUUAAAAGUGAACUCAAUGCAAAUGAUAAAAUAAGUGUAGAUAAUAUUGAAAUAACUAAUGGAUCAGAUGAUUCAAAUUCUAUUGGAAACGAAUCUAGAUCCGCUUCUGAUCCAGGCGAUAAUUCAGAAGAAUCUGGUAAUGAGAGUAAUUUCUCAGAUGAUCCAGAAGCCAGUUCAGAUGAAGGCCUUGAUACCGAUGAAGGAGAGAUUGAUUCAGAUUCAGAUGAUCAUAUUGACGAAGAAGAAGAAAUAGAAGAAGAAGAAGAAGAUGAUGAUUUCGUGGCCCGUAGAUCAAAUAGAAGAGAUUUAAGAUUUAUAAGUUCCAAUGGGCAAAAAACCUCUAGAUCAUCUCUAUCAGAAUCUGGAACGAAAAAGAGAGUUACUAGAGGCAGACCCAAGAAAAUAAAAGAAGAAUCAGAUAUUGAUUUAAGUCGUUCAAGCCAUAAAUCAUCUAAGUUAUUUGAACCAGUUGGUCGAUAUACUGAUAAAAAUCCAAUAGUUCGAAAAUUUACUAAAAGAAAUGUUGUUCGUGCCAAAAAAAAAUAUACUCCAUUUUCAAAGAGAUUUAAAUCGAUCAAAGAUAUUCCUGAUUUAACAAAAUUAGCUGAAUUUAAUCAAUCAUCAACUGAUUUACAAAUCUCACAAUUAGAAGAUAAGUUAAAAGCACCUAAGGGACAUGAAGUUGUGGAGACUAUUUUUUCUAAAGUGAAAAGACAAUUAAAUUCUACAAAUUCUAGAGAAGAAAUUGUUAAAAGUACAAAUUUUACUAAUUAUUUACCAGGUAGAGAAAAUGAAUAUGCAUCAAUAUACCUUUCUUUAUAUAGUGCCUUGCAAUCCACAUCAGCGACUACAAUUUAUAUUGCAGGUACACCAGGUGUUGGUAAAACUUUGACAGUUCGUGAAGUUAUUAAAGAAUUACAUACAUCCAUGAUACAAAAUGAAUUACCAAAAUUUCAAUAUGUAGAAAUCAAUGGUCUUAAAAUGGUUAAACCUACAGAUAGUUAUGAAGUUUUAUGGAAUAAAAUAUCAGGAGAACAACUAACAUGGGGUGCUGCUAUGGAAUCUUUGGAAUUUUAUUUUAAUAAAGUACCCAAGAAUAAAAAGAGACCUAUUAUUUUAUUAUUGGAUGAAUUGGAUGCUUUAGUUAAUAAAUCUCAAGAUAUCAUGUAUAAUUUUUUCAAUUGGACAACUUAUGAGAAUGCCCAAUUAAUAGUGUUGGCAGUUGCAAAUACUAUGGAUUUACCUGAGAAAGAAUUAGGUAAUAAAGUUUCAUCAAGAAUUGGGUUCACUAGAAUCAUGUUUACAGGUUAUACUUAUGAAGAAUUAAAUACAAUUAUUCAUUUCAGACUAAAAGGUUUGAAUAAUUCUUCUUUUUAUGUCAACAUGGAUACUGGUCAUAGCCAUUUGAUUCCAGAAGAAGAAGGAGAAGGAGAUGAGGAAGUAGACGAGAAUGAUACUGUAAUUGAAAAGAAGAAAUAUUUACCAGCUAACGUUAAAAAAGUGAGAUUGAGAAUGAGCGAUGAUGCUAUCGAAAUUGCCUCGAGAAAAGUAGCUAGUGUUAGUGGUGAUGCAAGAAGAGCCUUGAAGAUUUGUAAGAGAGCAACCGAAAUUGCAGAACAACAUUAUAUGGCUAGACAUGGGUUUGGAUAUGAUGGUGAUCGAUUACUACAAGAAGAAAAAGAAGCUGAACAGAGGGAUAUAUCUGAGAAUGGGAAGGUUACAGACAAAUUAAAGGAAAUUGAAUACGACUCUGAAGGGAAUGAAAUACAAACAGUACGGAUUUUCCAUAUCAUGAAAGCCUUGAAUGAAAUUAUAAAUUCACCAAGUAUCCAAUACAUCUCUGAUUCCUCCUUUACCAUUAAACUAUUUCUAUAUGCAUUUUUAAAUCUGGUUAAGAAAACCGGUACACAAGAACAUCAGGUAGGGAACAUUGUAGACGAGAUUGAAUUAGUGAUGCAUGUUAAUAAUGGUAACAAGUACAUGAAAGAAUUAUAUUCCAUGCUUUAUCACCUAGGAGGUAAGCAGGGAGAUUCAAAGUCGAUUAAAGAUGGGAAUAUACAAUUACGUAUCUUAUCUUGGGAUUAUUUUGUCUCCUGUCUUGUUGACUCAGGGAUCAUCACUAAACAAACGAUGAGAAACGAAAGAGUGAGUCUUAUCAAAUUACAAAUACCUACAGAAGAUGUCCAAAGAGCGUUGGAUAAAGACGUCAUCCUAAAGAGCCUAUAA